CCCUAUGUGGAGUUUACUUGUUGAAUGACACUAAAAAAAACAAACUUUACUCUGUAUACACUUCAUUCCUACAGCAAAACGACAGCUACUUAACAUACUUCUGCACCUGGAAUCGCACCAUCUCUGAGAGUUUUCUUUAAACCGUGACAAGAUGCGGGAUCGGACCAAAGAGUUGGGAAACAAUGCCGAGGCUUCAGAUGAGGAUGAUGAGGGCAAAGCUCUGAUGAUCAGACCUGGACUCUCUUCAGCCAAAGAGGAGAAGGAGAAUGAAGCUUUCUUUAAAAAGGUGCAGGAAAUCCACGAGGGUCUGCAGAGCCUGAAGACGAUGGUGUCCGGCCUGGAGAACAAGCAGAAGACGGUUCUGGGCGUAGCGCUGCCAGAGGACAAUAUGAAGAAAGAGCUCCAGACUCUUCGAGAGGAGAUUAAAACGUUGGCAAGCCAGAUCCAUAGAAAACUGAAGAGUAUCGAACCCAAGAAGGGAGAGGACGAUGGAAAAUACAUAGCCAUCAAUGUUCGGAUGCAGCGGACCCAGCACGGCGUCUUGUCCAAGGAGUUCGUGGAGCUGAUGGGUCACUGCAACACCAUCCAGGCUCAGUACAGAGACCGCAACGUGGAGCGGAUACAGAGGCAACUCAAAAUCACUGGGUCCAACGUCACAGACGAGGAGCUGGACACCAUGCUCGAGAGCGGGCAGACGGACGUUUUCACUCAAAAUAUCCUGAUCGACGCUCAAGCCACCAAGCAGGCGCUGAAUGAGAUCACGUCCCGGCACGAUGAGAUCCUGAAGCUGGAGAGGAGCAUCAAAGACCUGCAUGACAUGUUCCAGUACCUGGCCAUGGAGGUGGAGGCUCAGGGAGAGAUGGUCGACCGCAUCGAAACCAACAUCAGACAGUCUUCUAACUACGUGGAGAAGGCCAAGGAGAACACGGAGAAGGCGGUCACGUAUCAGCAGAAAGCACGGAAGAAGAAGAUCUGGAUCGCGAUAUGUUUGGCCAUCCUCAUCCUCAUCCUCGCCAUCUCGUUGGCUUCGGCCUUCGGCAGCUGACACCGGGCAGCUCGGUCCGGCUGCACGUUGGUUUUGGCAGAAGAAGAAGAAGAAGAAGAAGAAGAAGAAGAAGCACAUCGCGGAUCCUCCCUCUCGUGUAUAUAUAUACGUUCAGCCCACAGGAAGUACGGGUGGAUUUAAGUCUUUUUUGUUGUUGUUUUUGUUGUUGUUUUUUUGUCUUUUUAGACACUUCACACACAUUUUGUCUUCCUCUAACUCUCCUCUCCUCCUAACUGGCUCUUCUUCUUGUUUUUUGUGCUUUUUUUGUUGUUGUUGUUGUUGUUGUUGUUGUUUAAACUCACAUAAUGACUACAAUCUUUAGCCGGAAUUUCCACUUACACGCACUGCUGGUUUAUGGAUAUCCACCUUCCUCCUCCUCCUCUUCCUCCUCCUCUUCCUCCUCUUCCUCCUCUCUCUCCACAACACACACAAAGACCAGGAUGAAUAGUGAACUGUUACACCACUGC